GCCGCAGAUUUCGCGCGGGGCGGGUGUUGUCAUUGUAUUUUCACGUGACGAAAGUAAGUUUACUGUAGAAUAUUUGAUAACGAAUCGUGUGAAAAUGCCGCCGAAAAAGCGGGAGAAAGAAGUAGAUGGACAAAAAGGUCCUCGAAUGGAUCAAAUACAAGCAGACCAUGAGCUAUUUCUACAGGCCUUCGAAAGUAAGAACUCUCAGACAUCGUCUUUCCUUUUAGUACAUUGUUAUAAAUCAGAAUUAAAUAAUAUCAAGUAUCAUAAUCUUUUUUACUUAAUUAAAAUUUGUUACAAAAUGUUGAAAGAUGUGAGUUCACCAAUUAUGCAGGUUUCAGUUGGUACAAGUGAAGUUCCAAUCAAUCCUUGUGAAAAUCAACCUCCUCCAAAAGCACCUACUAUAUCUAUACCUAAUGAAUCCUUCAGUUUAAAUAAUGGUCAUGUAGCAAAGACUUAUAUGCUUUUACUUAGGGUAUAUUGUACAUCUAAUGCUAGUUGCCUUACACAUAACUGUGAUUUAGAUGAACCAGCUCAGAAGCGUCGUAAAUCUUCCACGGGUUCAAUUAAAACUGGAGGGGAAGAAGUAAAAUUGUAUGGUUCUGAACUCAUAGUGUAUGAUAAACAUAAUCGAUGUUUACUCACAGACGGCGAUUAUGAGUUAGGUUUACAAGAAGUACAAACCAAUAUUCGAUCUAGCCCAAAGAAGCACAGCUCUUGGGAGUCUGUACCUGACAUCAAGGAGUGUGGUCCGUUUGAAGUAUUUAGCAAGGGACCAACAUUAAAAUUUAGGCUUAAUUGGACAACUGAACCAAGUAAUGGCUUAGUUGAUCGACCAACUCCAAUACACCCCGUACCAAGCAGCGAUAACAAAGAAAAUCGAUCAGGAAAUACUGGUUUAGAACGUUCUUCCAUGAAUAAUAACAACAACAACAAUAAUAAUAACAUUAAUAACAACAAUAACAACAACAACAACAAUAAUUGUACACUGCCAACACCUAGUCCUCUUAAUGCUUCAAGAAUGACAACACCUAGUGAGAAAACGGACACUUCCACGAGUACACAACAAAUAGUGUAUCAGUUCCUGUAUAAUAAUAAUAGUCGUCAACAAACAGAAGCUUGUGAAGAUUUACAUUGCCCUUGGUGUUCACUAGACUGUGGAAAACUUUAUUCACUUUUAAAGCACUUGAAACUAUGUCAUUCACGAUUUACAUUUACAUAUGUGCCAAUUCCACAAGGUGCUCGUAUAGAUGUAGCAAUAAAUGAAUGUUAUGAUGGCUCCUAUGCUGGUAGUCCUCAUGAAUUAAUUUCACAACCAUCUAGUGUAGCGUUUUCAAGAACAGGGCCAACGAGACGUACAAGUGUAACAAAUAUUUUAGUAUGUCAUCCAAAAAGGACUAAACCAAGUCUUUCUGAAUUUUUAGAGCUUGAUGAAAAUGAAUAUGAAAGCCAAAGACCUUAUAUUACAGGGCAUAAUAGAUUAUAUCAUCAUACUGUUACAUGCUUACCCAUAUAUCCAAAAGAAAUGGAUAUUGAUUCUGAGGGAGAAAAUGAUCCAAAAUGGUUACAAACAAAAACAAUGAUGAUGAUUGAUGAUUUUACAGAUGUGAAUGAAGGAGAAAAAGAACUUAUGAAAAUGUGGAAUUUACAUGUCAUGAAAUAUGGCUAUGUAGGAGAUUGCCAAAUACCAUUGGCCUGCCAAAUGUUUUUAGAAACUAAAGGAAAGGAAUUGCUCAUGAAAAAUUUAUAUCGUAAUUUUGUUUUACAUAUGUGUAGUUUGUUUGAUUUUGGUCUAAUUAGUCCAGUGGUUUUAUAUCAAACAAUUCAAAAAUUGCAAGAGAUAAUGAAAGAAGGCGGUGAAAAUAGUGAUAUUCGAAAAGUUUUACAAAAGUCACAUGAAGCUCAAGUCGAAAAAUGGCUUAGCUCUGGCUGUCAAGCACCUUCAGAUGUUAGUAGACAAAUUAGUACAAGUACUAAAGUAAAUUUUAACACUGAUGGAUCGAAUUCUAAUGCGAGACGAAAAACUUCUUUACCACUUGGUUCGCCGAAUUCACAACCCGUCAAAACGACAACACCCAUCCAUAAUAAUGUCAGUAAACAUGCUAGUAUGAUGACUACAUCGUCAAACAAGUCUGUAAAUCAUAAUAGUACAAUUCAAACUUCUAUUAAUAAAAAUACUGGGACAUUUACAUCUAUACAAAAUAGUGCAAAUAAAACUAGUUCCACAGUUUGUGCAACAAAUAUUGCAAGUAGUAAGACUCCUGCAGUGAUUUCUAUAUCCAAUGGAAUAUCUAAUCAAAAUGAAAUAGGACAAAGACAAACCAGUGAUAUACCAAUACGGCGUAAAAGUACAAAUUCGAUAGUUCAAAUUUCAGAGAAUACGACGCCUUUACGCCGAAAAUCAAUGGCCAGUGAAAGUGCAACUACCGAAUAUCAUAGAAGAAAAUUGAUUUUAGAUGCAGUACCGAAUAGUGGUAAUAGUAACCAAAAACCACCACACAAUGGAAGUAGCUAUUAG